AAGGCCAAUCUCCCAAACAAUGCCUUGACACAAAUCAAACUCAUUGAGCCAUGUGCUCACUCCUUGCAAAGAAUGCUACUGUAGCACGCAGUUGGAAAACAUUCUGGAAGCUGCCUCCCGCAAUCCGCGCCUACGCCAUCCAAGCUCCCGGUGCCCCAACAGUAGAGGUCUUCGACACGAGAACCAAAUGGCUACAGAAAGAACGAGCAGCAGCAAACACAAAACACAGCCGCGAAGUAGACUACCUCCGCGAUGAAGUCGCCGCCCGCCUCUGCGAUCGAAUCCUAGAUAUCAACAGAAACUUCCCCAAAGUCCUCGACUUCGGCGCCAAUGCCUGCAACAUCGCCCGCAUCCUCACAAGACCCGACCCAGACCCCGACUCUGCAAAGCCUUCAGUAGAACCGAUCAGCAAGAGAAUCGACGAGAUUGUUUGUGCGGAAAGUAGUCCGACACUACUACACAGAGACAAAGAUGAAGCAUUCAACAAGGACAUCGAAAUCAGAAGGGAAAUGUUGACGAACCCGGAAUACGUCCCCUACGAAACGGAUACUUUCGACAUGGUCAUGUCGUCGUUAUCAUUACAUUGGGUCAACGAUUUACCCUCUGUCCUGACACAAAUCAACAACUGUCUGAAACCCGACGCGCCUUUCAUUGCAGCCAUGUUUGGCGGAGAUAAUCUGUACGAGCUCCGUGGCUCUCUACAACUAGCAGAGCAAGAACGACUCGGCGGAAUCGGAACUCAUAUGUCCCCAUUGGCAGACGUACGCGAUGUGGGGAAUUUGUUGAAUCGUGCUGGUUUCAAGCUUCUCACGAUAGAUGUCGAAGAUAUCAUUGUGGAUUAUCCGCAUAUUUCAGCUUUAAUGGCGGAUUUGCAGGCUAUGGGUGAAGGGAAUGCUGCGUUGAGGAGAAGUUCGGGGCCGAUCUCGAGGGAGGUGCUGCUGGCAACUGAGGCCAUUUAUCGUGAGUUGUAUGGUGAGGAGCAGGAGGAUGGGACAGUGGCGCUGCCAGCUUCUUUCAGGAUCAUUUUCUUGAUUGGGUGGAAAGAGAGUGAGAAUACGCCUAAGCCAUUGGAGCGCGGGUCUGGAGAGGUGAAUCUCAAGGACUUAUUUGAAGCAGAUAACAAGAAGAAUUGAACGAGAUCCUGCAUGUAUUGGUGCAGCGGGAAUGUUUAGUCUGUCUCCAUUGCAACUUGAUUCCGUAGAUCAUGUUCCAGAG